AUGCGCCUUCCAACAGUAGUCACUGUGGAGGAAGAGACCGCCCAUGCCGAGCCCACGAGACCACGAAACUUCGUGGACCAGUGGGCGCAUCAUCAACCGAAGGGGGUGCCUUGGCACGUCCGGCAAACCUUCGACUACUUCAUAUUCACGGCAGCGGCAUCACCCACCGACAAGGAAAAGGACGAAAAGGUGAAAAGAACCGGUGGAGACCCGCGGGGGACGGAGCGAUCAACGCCACUGCCGUCGGCCUUUCCCGCCGCUCCUUCUCACCCAGGCCAAGAGGAUGCAGACGCUGGCGUUGAAACCGCUCGGUCUUUCGUCGGAUCAUCGGCGGAUGGGAGCCCUACGGCGGAGCAGGCCCAAAAGGCGGCAGCAGCGGCCGCGGCUGCGGCUACGGCAGAGCCCGCAAUUGGUAUCGACGAGGGCAAGCGGGAAGGCAGCGACGCAGCACCGGCGCUUUCUCCGGAGAAGCAAACGCAGCAGCAGCUCCAGCAGGGGAAGUUCGCGUGGGCGUCCUCGUCGGCGCUGACGGACUGCAGUGUUUGCCUGGAGGCGUACCGUAACGGGGACCGGGUGUGCAGGCUCCCGUGCGCGCACGCCUUUCAUGCGUCGUGCAUCAAUACGUGGCUGGACCAGCAGCACGUCUGCCCGCAGUGCCGACUCGACCUAUUGCCUCCGGAACUUUCUUGGGGGCAGUCGUCGCAAGCGUCCGCCACUACCACCUCUGGAAACCCGACGCAGUUCGCCAAUCUGUUCGGAUCGCUCGAGAGGAUGAUACUCGCGUCCCACCAGUCGGUAGCAGGCGGGGGAUACAGCUACAGCGGCAGCACCAUCGCCACCCACGGUGCUCAGGGGCAAGACACAGGGCCUGCAGCCGCUGGGUCGCCGUACGCCUCCAUUUUCGGCAGCCCGCCGUACGGCGCGUCGCCGCUUCCGACGGCAAACAGCGUGGCCCACCAGGCUCGGCGUUCGCCCGAGUUCUUCAGCGGGCCCACGACGCCCCCGGAUGGCGGCGUUGGGACGAGGCGCGCGGCCGUCCACGCCCGUCAUGUGCCCCGCCUUCACCGGCUUCUCGGCUGCUGGCAACGGUGGAGGCGCCUGUGA